AUGGAACGCUGCGUCUACAAUCACAUGUACGCUGACGUUAUUCAACUAAUUUCUCCACUACAACAUGGAUUUCUGAGAAAGCGUUCAUGUAUAACACAACUGCUCUCGGUACUUCACAACAUUGGUCAAAAUCUUGACAAUAACACCCAGUCGGAUGUUUUGUACCUUGAUCUUGCCAAAGCAUUUGACUCGGUUGACCAUCAAAUACUUGUUGAGAAACUAAAAUGCUACGGCGUGGCUGGACGACUCCUGGACUGGUUCACUGACUACCUGAACGGUCGAACUCAAAGGGUUGUGAUCGACGGUGCUGUAUCCCAGUGGGUCCCUGUUACCUCCGGGGUGCCUCAAGGAAGUAUCCUGGGUCCCUUAUUAUUUGUUAUAUUCAUUAACGAUCUCCCUGAAAUUAUUCCAAAUGGUACCAAUACAGCACUGUUCGCGGACGAUACCAAAUUACAUCGAAACAUCUCGUCUCUGACUGACUGCGAGGGUUUACAGCAAGCCCUCAGCAACAUUAACAUCUGGAGCCAGCAGAGCAAUAUGAAAUUCAACAGCACAAAAUGUAAAGUUCUCACCAUUACACGCAAGCAAAAUCCUGUGGUUUACGAUUACCAACUUGGUUCUGCCAUAUUAACCCGCGUUCAGCAAGAGAAAGAUCUUGGAGUUACUAUAUCAUCCAAACUCACCUGGCAUCAUCACAUAUCUGUAAUUGUUGCAAAGGCAAACAAGUUAUUAGGUCUUCUUAAGAGAACUUGCCCACUGUUAACUGAUAUUCAAGUGAGACGGACAUUAUACUUAUCUCUUGUCAAGUCACAGUUAUGUUAUGCUACCCAAGUUUGGUCCCCGGCGCAGGACAUGCUCAAAGCCAAGCUUGAAAGAGUACAGAGGCGAGCUACCAAAUGGAUCUUCGGUUACAAAGGCAAAGAAAUGUCUUACCACCAAAGAUUGCAGUUGCUCCACUUAUUGCCUUUAUGCUACGACAGAGAAAUCAAAGACCUAACCUUUUUCUACAAGGCCCUAUAUGGGUACAUCGACGUGAACGUCAAUAAAUAUAUUGCAUUUAUAGGCCAUGGCCGCACCAGACACAGCCAGAUUCCUUUAGUUAUGAAAGCUCCACGUUGUAAGACAAACGCUUUUCAGGCAUCCUUUUACAACCGGAUUGUCAAACUCUGGAACACUAUUUGCAAAUCAGCUCCUGUGCAUGGCUUUUCCAACAUCUCAUCAUUUAAACAAUUACUCAAGCAAACAUACCUGACUUUAUUCAAUGCAUCCUUUGACAUAGACUUCCCGUGCACAUGGACACUGUCUCGUGACUGUUCUUGCCAUUGAGAAUUGGCUUUACAUACAGUAUAAUUUACUAUUUAGUCUUAUGUUGACCUAUGUUAUUUUAACGUUAUAUUUUAACGGGAAGGCGCCUCGCAUGGGUACUUCAGUCCCGUUCGCGCCUUUGCCGAUUGGUUAUUUUCAAAUGUAUUUGUACAUAUUUAUAAAUAUUAACCAAUAAAGUUGUUAAAAAUAAAAAAUAAAAUAAUAACAUACCUAACAUAUAUAUGUUGGGAAAUUAAUAAUUUUGUAAUUAAAAGUGAUAUUUUUUAGGCGAUUUUUCAUUUGUAAGAAUAUUCUUAAAAAAUGAUCGUGUUACCAUGACAACUACUUCAGUUCGGAAAAUACAAUGGUUUUGUCUGUUUGUCAGCAAGGCGAGGGUUUCUGCAUGCAUGUAUUUUCUAGUCAAGUAUGUAGUAUUACUGUACUGUGUUAUAUAGCAAAGUUAGUAAUAGUUACCUUCAUGAAAAUGUUCUUGCUGAGUACAGUACAGUAGUUCAAUUAAAGGUUCACAUUACAGAAAAAACUGCUCUUAUUUAA